AUGGGCCGUCUUCACUCCAAGGGAAAGGGUAUCUCCUCCUCCGCGAUCCCCUACUCGCGCAACCCCCCCUCGUGGCUCAAGACCACCCCCGAGCAGGUCGUCGACCAGAUCUGCAAGCUGGCCAAGAAGGGUGCCACCCCCUCCCAGAUCGGUGUCAUUCUCCGUGACUCCCACGGCGUUGCCCAGGUCCGCGUCGUUACCGGUAUGUUUUUGGUUCCCUUCGAAAAGACCGAGGAAACCUUUGCUGACUUUGACAUCUCAGGUAACCGCAUUCUGCGUAUCCUCAAGUCCAACGGCCUUGCCCCCGAUAUCCCUGAGGACCUGUACAUGCUCAUCAAGAAGGCCGUUGCCGUCCGCAAGCACCUCGAGCGCAACCGCAAGGACAAGGACUCCAAGUUCCGCCUGAUUCUCAUCGAGUCCCGUAUCCACCGUCUCGCCCGCUACUACAAGACCGUCGGUGUCCUCCCCCCCACCUGGAGAUACGAGUCCGCCACCGCCUCCACCAUUGUCGCCUAA